AUGACGGAGGUCGGCCACACCGAUCUAUCGAGGCUGCUUCAAUCCAAGCGAAACGAGUUCAAUGCAAUCGUGACAUCGCGGAAGAGGAAACUUCGCGAGCUCUUCGCUGUCACGACUCAGGUCGAAGGCCUACCGCAAGAUGCCUUCGCGAACCCCGACGCGCCGGCAACUACCGCUGCGGAAUGGCAGUUUCUUCAGACCAGUGAAAUAUUACAAGGCAAGGUGUUGAACGAACAGGUUAUCCCUGCGCGGCCGUUACUCUCUGUAGAUACCUUGAAGCGUUUGCUUGUCAAAUCGUUGCAGGAAACAGCCGUGCACUCUCCCGCACCCCCUACUCCGACCGUUGCAUCUGCCAAAAUCAAAGGAGCUGCUGUAUCUGUCCCGGCAAACGAGCUGCGACAACCUCUUGGCUUCAUAGCGAACGAGUCGAUCCCUGCGCCUCCCGAAGACAGUAGUAAACCUUUGAAUAAACUAACGAAACCUACACCGGCCUCGUCUGUUCAGAACAUCAACAAUGUAUCACAUCCUGCCGGAGCCAAUUCAGGGUUUGCGCACAGCAAGCCUGUUACUUCGCCUCCAGUCCCUGCGCCCGCAACGAACGAGCCGAAGCACGCUGAGCAAGUGAUUAAUGGAGCGGCGAAUAAGGAUGUUUCAUCUGAACGAAGGCCGGCACAGGUUUCCUUUCCUCCAGGAACCAAGGGAUCGCCAUCGAGGGAAUCAGCCGGUGAUGUGGCGACAGCAGGGACAACAAAAGGCGCCGAUGUUGCUGACGAUAGCGGUGUAAUCGACAAGUCGCAAUCAACCCAGGUUGGGCGUAACCAAGAACUCUCCAUCAAAGUCCCCCACGCGGUAUCCAAGAUUCCCGAUGCGCUUUCCUCUCCAGGAUCGACGGCACCAAGUGCAACAACGCCCGGAAACCAUGACGUCUCAGCGGAUACCAGCCCUGAGCAUGAUGCUCCCCAGUAUAUCGACGACAGGAUAGAGCGGGAUGUUGAUGAAAAGGAGGAGCAAGGUGACGAGGUGCAAGAUGCUGCAAGUGCUGAGACGGGGAUGAGGACAGAUAUUACGAAGCCGGAACAAGAUAAGGCCGAUUCCAAAGUUACCAGACUGGAUGAAGAUCAGCUUCUUCAAGAGUCUAUCCGAUCAAGUGCUGCGGCUGCAAGCCCAGAGCCCGUAAAGUUUCAGAGUGGACUCAAUGCUACGACCGCUGUUAUCAACACCACUGAGGAGGCUAAACCUACCACUCUGGCAAAUCUAGAAGCCCCCACAGACGCCAAAGUUUCCUCGACGCCAGCUAUCAAGGAGGCUGAGGAAGUUCCCGAUAGCCAAGAAGAAACUCCAGAACGCAUGGACGUGGAUCCAAUCCAGGCCACAGGAUCGGAAAAUGUCGAAUUACCUGCAGCUCAACCCCCUACUCGCCCUCCUCCAGCCUCUACUAGCGCAUCGCCUGUUGUUACUAAGCCAACACCGCCCAAGGAACAUGCAGCACCUGAGAGAGCGGUUACUAGAGUUUCGUCCGGGGCCAUGAGACUAAAGUCCGUGUCUGAAAUAGUAGGAGAGACCCCGCGAGCCACCAGUACAGCGGAACGAAAUGCAACGAAGGCACCACAAAACCAGCUAACUCCCAUGACAUCCACACCUCAAUCACCGCCUCCAAGACCCAAAAGCACAGGCAGGAGAGACAGGCCAAAAGGACAUGUCUCUACUGUAUUGUUUGGCAAACAGCCGAAGCAAAUGGAGGAAAAGGCCCUGGUUCCUGGCCAGAAGGAAACAAUUCAAGCAUCUGACGAUUACUAUACACCCCUUUUCAUCCAGAAUUUCACAGGCGCUACCAACUGGAUGCAACCUAUUGAAAAAAUCUUGUUCCAUGCGAAUAAGACUAUCGCUACCCCUGACGCGUACCUUGCGAUUCAAGACCACCAGGCGUGUAAAGUUCUGCGUAGGGUGUACCACCUUCAGCAGCACGAUAAAUGGUCUUUGAGACAGCCGAAGCGAUGUCCUGAGCCAACUCGUCCUCCAUCUCAUUUAGAUGUGCUAUUCCAGGAGAUGAAAUGGAUGCGGACUGAUUUUCGAGAAGAGAGAAAAUGGAAAAUGGCUGCGGCCAAGAACAUCGCCUACGCUUGUGCAGAAUGGGUUGAAUCAACCCCCGAAGAGCGCAAGGCUUUACAAGUCGCCGCGUUCAUCCCUCCGCUGAGGACGAACGAUGUGACAAUGGGCGAUGCCGAUGCAGACAGCGCCGAGAGCCACCCCACCCCCGACCUCAUUACGGAAGACGCAGAUUCGCCCCAGAAUUCAGAUCAUCUUGGUGAAGAAGACUUUCCUGAAACUGUUGCACCAUCGGCCAUAUUUGCUCUGCAGGAAGAGGACGUGGUCUUUGCGCUGCGACGGACGGCCGCUUCAGAUAAGCUGCUGGAGGAGCUGCCAUUGUACGGGGCCCCCCUGAAGAUACCACGCUUUGAGCUCACAGGGCCAGAAUACGACCCUGAUGCUCAGUGGAGACGACCUGCUCUACCUCUAAGCAAGUAUGUCGAAGGAGAAAUGAAGCUUCUAUCGGACGGCCCUCCGCGGAAGCGCAGUCGAUAUAAUUAUCGUGAUGACGAAUCCGAUGACGAAAAGGAGAGUCCGUUUGAUGCAGAUGCGCUCGCACACAAUGUCCAGCUUCCACCUCAAAGUUCAGAGGUUGCUCUAUUCGCUCCAGAAUCGAAGCAUAUCCGUGAUCGACUGCACGCUGGUCACCAGUUCCGGCCGCCAUCUGAACAUCCUAUGCCUCUGCAGAGCUUCUACGAGUGUCGUAACCCGUCACAGUGGACUGUGGUUGAAGAUGAUGAGCUCCGCAGCCUAGUUCGAGCAGAAAGAAGAACCCCGUGGGAGUGUUUCGAACGGUGGAUCAACUUGGAGGGCCUCCCCGCUGAUAUGCAAAAGACCCAGUAUUUCAAGGCUUACAACAGUAGGAUUGAGGCCGCUCAGCGUGUAAUUGCUCAGCAAAAUCAACAAUCUACUCCGCUUAGAGUGGAGAGACGGCGAAACCAAAAGCAUCUGACUCUCAUUGACGCCAUGAGGAAGCUGGCGAAGAAGAGGGAGACUACAAUGCAGAAGCAGCAACAUUCUGCAGCUCAGAACGCUGCGAAGAAGGUGAAUGAUACAAUGGCUCAACGACCGGUCAAGACACCUAGAGAUUACAGUCUGUUGCGAUGGGAGCGCGACCAGGCUCUGGCUGAAAAGAUGGCGCUAUAUGCGCAGCGGCAGGAAGCCCAACGGAGGGCUACUCUCCAGGCCAGAGCCCAAGCUCAAUCCGCCCAGUUGGCCGCGGCACCAGCGGUUGCCAAUGGCGUGAAUGGCGUCGUCAACCGAGCGGCUGUUCCCAACCAACUCGCCGUUGCGGCAGCAGCCGCUGCAGCAGUAGCAGCGCAGGGUCGAGCACGGAUGCCCAUGCAGGCCCCUGCGAAUGGCAUGGAAGGCAUCAACGCUCAAGCGCAGAUGGGCGGCAAUCUCGCUCCACCGGCGCAAAUGAGCGGCAUCCCACAAGCUCAGUUGCAGGCUUUGCAAGCGAUGCAAGCCCAACACCGGAUGCAGAUGCCUGUCCAGAUUCAGCAUGCGCAGCAGCAAGGGGGCGUUGUUGGAACUCCUGCUCAACAAGCACAGCAAGCCUCAUCGCCCGCUAUGCGAAACGGAGUCCCUGCCAUCGCCCAACAGGCCGCCUUUAUGAAUAAUGCCCAGGCUAUGAUGGCGUCGUUCAACGCGACGGCCGGUCAUGCUUCAGGGGCCGCAAAUGGUCUACAUAUGCCCACUCUUGCUAACGGCACAUCUCCCGGCCCUCGACUGCCAACGCAGAUCCCUCCUACUAUCGCUGUACAAAUAAACUCUUUGGAAGCGCAGUUCAGGAGCAAGAAUCCCAACCUUUCACCUGAGCAACUUCGCCACCUUGCUACUGAACAUUUGACUAGAGCUAUGAUGGCACAGCGACAAAGUGCUAUGAAUGCUGCUGCUGGUGGACAGACUGGCAUUGCUACUAGUAUUACUGCUACGGCCAGCCCUCAUCAAUAUGCCGCUCUGCUAAGACAACAACAGCAGCAGCAGCAGGCUCAGGCGCAAGCACAAGCACAACAGGCGCAAGCUCAGGCUCAAGCCCAGGCCCAGGCCCAGCAGCAUCAGGCCCAACACUCGCAGCCGACGCCGACGCCGACUCCGACGCCGACGCCGCAGCAGCAGCAGCAUCAACAGCAACAGCAGCGACCUCAGCAGGUGUCUCAGUUGCAACAGGCUCAGCAGCAAGUUCAGGCGCAGCAAUCACCAGCGCAAGUGCAGCAGCAGCAGCAGCAGCAGCAGCAGCAGAGGCCGCAACCUCAGCCACCACAGCAAUCUCAGGCCCAACUUCAAGCGCAGGCUCAGGCUCAGGCCCAAGCCCAGGCCCAAGCUCAAAAUCAAGUUCAGCAAGUUCAGUCACAGCCGCAAUCCCAGGCCUCACCUCAACUACCAGCACACCCUCCGGCUGGAAGUCCGGCACCCGUUCAGCGUCAGGCCAGUGGAAGCGCAACUCCUUCCUCAGGCAAGUAA